UACCUGCCUGCCAAUCCAACAGUAAAAUGGCGGUUAUUUACUAGUGAGAUCAAGUACAGCUUGCUCCGUUUUACGGCUCGUAACAACUGCGUUGAAUUCAUGUUUGGUGAUCUUCUCUGCCUUUCUUAUGAAGCUGACCAAGCUGGUACUUAAUGUGUUUAAACCAGUAUCGCAGUCUUUAAAAUCUAUGCAGUAUGUGGAGUCGCAGUUUUUUACGUUUUGGCUGUCGUGCACCGUGGCUGCCUGUACAAGAUGUCAAACCACAGGCGUCAUUGAGGACAGUUUCCAGGCUACCACUCCUUAGAAGUUGCUGGCAGCAUACAGCACCUGAGUCUUUGAACUGCUGCUGGAAUUUACAUGAGGAUCACUUUGAGCUCAAAUAUGGUGAUUCUUUGAUGCGUUUUGACUAUGUAUGGCUCCGGGACCACUGUCGUUCAGCAUCCUGCUACAACUCCAAAACCAAUCAGCGCAGUCUAGAUACAGCCAGUGUGGAUUUGUGCAUCCAGCCAAAGCACGUGCGAGUGGAUGAAGCCACAUUGUUCUUGACAUGGCCUGAUGACCAUGUAACAAAGUACAGCCUUUCCUGGUUAAUGAAGAACAGUUAUGAAGAACAGAAAGAUAAGACCAUCCAGCCUCGAAUUGUGUGGAAUGCCAAGAGUUAUAGUGAAGCAAACAUUCCGUCAUUUACUUAUGAAGAUUUCCUGCUCUCAGAAGAACAACUGAAGAAAUUUCUUGAAGUGUUUGUGCUGUAUGGUAUUGCUUUUGUGGAAGGUGUACCAGUUCACUUGGAGGCCACAGAGGUAGUAGCUCAGAGAGCAGGUUUAAUCAGAGAUACUAUUUAUGGUCGUAUGUGGGACUUCACUUCUGACUUUUCGCGUGGUGAUACGGCCUAUACAAAACUGGCGCUGGAUCGACACACAGACACUCCCUACUUCCAUGAGCCUUGUGGUGUUCAGGUACUUCACUGCUUACGACACGAAGGUACAGGGGGUAAGACACUUUUGGUGGAUGGCUUCAAUGCAGCAGAAAGAUUGCGGGAAGAGUUUCCAGAGGACUUUGAGCUACUUAGUACCAUACCAGUGAGACACGAGUUCAUUGAAAGUGUCGGUGGAUUUCAGAAUCACAUGGUCGCGGUAGGGCCAUUACUGAAUGUCUACUCUUGGAACAAAGAGUUGUAUAUGAUGAGGUACAAUAAUUAUGAUAGAACACCAUUAAACAUUGUGGCAUAUGACAUUAUUAAACGUUGGUACAAAGCACACAGACACCUCACUACAGAGCUUAGGAAACCAGAGAAUGAACUCUGGAUCAAACUUAAACCUGGCAAGGUACUCUUUAUUGAUAACUGGCGUGUUCUCCAUGGCCGAGAAUCAUUCACGGGAUACAGACAGCUGUGUGGCUGCUAUCUUACAAGGGAUGAUAUAAUGAAUGCUGCACGCCGGUUUGGACUAGUAGCCUGAAACACCCGUUCUAUAAAAUUCUCACCCUUUUCAACCAAAGACAAUGACUAAAAUUACUUGACACGGACAUAAGUGCCUAAAUUCAAGCAAGCUUCAUAAACUUGCAAUUUCUGGAAGCUUUAGCUGUUUUCAAAACUAAUUCAGUGGUUGUGCAUAUAGAAAUUUGUAGGGGUUAUUGUUCUUUACUGAUGUGCUGAAAUAGCAAAUAGAAUUUACUGUUAACAGUU